CGGAAGCGCGGGUUUUUGUUUCUCCGAUUCCAGCUUUAAACGCGCCGCGAGCGCGCGUCAAAAAGUAAGCUGAAGCUAUCAAGGAGCAGUUGAUAGAAGCCAAUUGUUCCUCCCAGGCCGAGCGAUACUAGAGAAUAGCUCUCUAGGAUCGAUAUAUUGUCACUUACUCUUAGAAUAUCCAGAUAUUGUGAAUACACGCCAACAUGUCUGACUACGAGGAUGAUAUGGACGUUGAUGCCCCGCCUGCCCGGGACACGGCCGCGUUUACUGCAGACCCUACAGAUGUGAAGGGGAAGAGAAUAGUUGCUGAUUUACCAAUCGAAGCGGGAGAUAAUCUUCCCUGGUAAGUAUUCUUCCAUGACUAGGAGUUUCUCGAUAGUUAUGAUGUAAUGCUGAUCUAGAAAAUAGGGUUGAGAAAUACCGCCCAGAUACACUCGACGAUGUCUCUGGACACCAAGAUAUCAUUGCCACGAUAAACAGAUUUGUCGACUCAAAUGUGAGAACAAACCAGCAUACCCAGCAUGUGAAGUCCCUACUAAAAUAUCAUGCGUAGAGACUUCCCCAUCUACUACUCUAUGGCCCUCCAGGAACCGGAAAGACUUCCACAAUCCUCGCGCUGGCGCGGCGGAUAUAUGGAUCAAAAAACAUGCGGCAGAUGGUCCUGGAACUUAACGCAAGUGACGAUAGAGGAAUCGACGUAGUGAGAGAGCAGAUCAAGACCUUUGCCAGUACGAAACAAAUAUUCUCAACGGCGCCCUCGUCCGGCUCUGGGCUGGGGGCAUUCAAGUUAAUUAUUCUUGACGAGGCCGAUGCGAUGACCUCCGCGGCUCAGAUGGCACUGCGUCGAAUUAUGGAAAAGUACACCGCCAACACCCGAUUUUGUAUUAUUGCAAACUACACACACAAGCUUUCGCCCGCACUCCUGUCUCGAUGCACACGGUUUCGAUUUAGUCCGUUGAAGGAAAAGGAUAUCAGAAGGCUAGUUGAUACCGUGAUAGAAAAGGAGGAAGUGCAGAUACAGCCAGAUGCCAUUGACAGCCUAGUUAAGUUGAGCAAGGGAGAUAUGCGACGAGCCUUGAACGUUCUUCAAGCCUGCCACGCAAGCAGCAUGCCUCUACCAUCGAAAAAGGGCGAUGCUAAUGAACAGCAGCGAGAAAGAGAGACGAUAACCGAAGAGACGAUAUAUACAUGUAUCGCUGCACCACACCCAGCUGAUAUCAAAAUUAUCCUCGAAACCUUACUAUCAACAUCAGACGUGACUUCGUGUUUAAAUACUGUACAAACCCUCAAGGCCAACAAAGGGCUAGCAUUGGCCGAUAUAAUCUCCGCACUAUCGACGGAACUUCAGAGCCUAGAGGUCCCUGCACAAGUAAGGGUUUCCUGGAUAGAAGGACUGGCAGACGUCGAAUGGAGACUGUCAGGGGGUGGAAAUGAGGUUAUACAGACGGGUGGAAUGAUUGGAGUAAUACGCUCUGGCUGCGAGCUAAUGGGAGACAAAGAUAUAUUAAUGAAUGAAUAG